AUGGAAAAAGCUAAACAAAAAAGAGACAGAUUCAACAAACCGCUGGUCCUGCGCCAUUACAAUGACCCGGAAGAAGAGGAGGAGAUGGAAGAGCCCCCCCAGGAGCCCCAGGCUUUCUGGAUGGAACUGUUGGUGGGGAAGGCUCAGAUGCCAGCUAUGGGAGAGGCCAACCCAGAGAUGAAGAAGUUCCAUUAUGCCCUGGCAGAUGCUGUCUGCCAAAGUUACUCUGAUCUUCCUUGGGGUGGCCUGUACACCAACAUAUUCAGUGACUGGCCGAAUCCUGUUAUCCUGGGGACAUUUACACCCUUUGGAUGCGGUAGCAUUUCCUUUCCUCUUAGGAAGACCAUAGCAAUGAUGUUUAAUCAGGACGGAGGCAUAUUGAUCAGCAAAAAAGGAAGCAUCAUAAGGGAAUGGGUGUGGCCUUCGAAGGGAAAAAUUGACGAUCCGAUUGAAAUUGGGGUAAAUAAAUACAUCACUGUGACUAUUUCGGGGCGCUUCGCCAUCACCCUCAUCUACAAAAGGCAUCCCCAAAGCCUGAAGCUGUCACUGGCACCUGUCAAACACAGGCCUCCACCGUUACCUGAUAAGUUGUUCCCCGAUAUCAACCCCUCUUCCCGGGACGCUAAGGAAACGUUGGCGGCCUACAAAAAGCAAUGCAGAAUGCAGGAGUUGAUGGCCCAGAACAGAGAUGCUUUAAAGUUAGCAGACCCAGUGGACACAGACCCUGAUGAUCCAGGAGAGGACAUAAGCCUUAUGCAUGACCUUGCGACAUCCAUCGAACUGAGCAGAAUACAGAAGAAGGUUAAGCACAUCCUCCUUCACUGGCUGAACUACUACAGAUCCACACUGGGCCUGGAGUCCCUGCAUGUCUGCCGACUGCCCACGUUUGCAAAGAAAGCGAUCAGGAAGCCCAAGGUGUCCUUUACAAUACCUGCUCUGACUCAAAGUGCAAAGGAAGCGGAUUGGUACAAGGAGUGUCUCCGGUACAGAAACAACUUCCUGACCCUGAAGGAGUUCUUCAAGCCUUCCCCUUACCACUACAUCCACAGGACCUCAACCGUCAGCCCGUGUCCCCGGUUUCCUCUUCUCACUAAAAGGAAGGAUUUGUGGUUUUCUUCCCAGCUGGCUUGUCCCGUGGUCCUGAGGAAGACAAUGUGUGGGGAGGAUGGGGACAUAUGCAGAUGUAGCUGUCACAUCAUCCCCAAAGUGACAGACCUAGAGUACGACCACCUCAUCGGCAAACAGCUGUCCCGCAUGGAUCAGAUCAUUGUUGUCUGCGUCUUCUCAGCUAAGAGAGAGGACAGGACGAUAGAAGAAGUGACCGACCUGUACAAGGAGAUGAACAAAUGCAGAAACAUGCCCUGCAUUCAGAGUCAUUUGGAUCCCUUUCGGCUGCUCAAAUACGAUGUCACAUCAGUGUCUAAGUUUAUGAAACCUGGUUGCCCACUCCUAGUUCGAAGACACAAUCUCACCCCGGGAAUUUUUUUGAUGUACAUCCGAGGAAAGUUACUCUUUGCCAACUUUAUUUUCAAUGGUUACAGUACAUCUGCUACUGACCUUCAAAAGCAAAUUGUGAAGACCAGAGAGGAUUAUCACAUGGGCUAUUUCCUACCCAGCGACUUCAGGAUACGGUAG